UGUAUUCAGGCUUUACAGUCUGUGUCUUUCACAGGUGAGUCAUGCUGCCACAUGUUCUUGUCUGAGUGACCGGCGGAAGUUUCCAUCCUUCUUUAGGACGAUCCCUAGUGAUACUUUCCAGGUGAAGGCUAUGAUUCAAAUCCUGAAGCAUUUUGGCUGGACUUGGGCAGGUCUGCUGGUCAGUGAUGAUGACUAUGGAAUCCAUGCUGCUCGGUCCUUCCAAUCUGACCUGGCACACUCUGGUGGAGGUUGUCUUGCCUACUUAGAGGUGCUGCCAUGGAGCAAUGACCAAGAUGAACUAAGGAGGAUCGUGGAUGUGAUGAAGAAAUCCACAGCUCGUGUGGUCAUUGUGCUUGCACAUGACAGUUAUAUGAUUAACCUCAUGGAAGAGGUGGUGUGGCAGAAUGUGACAGGCCUCCAGUGGAUGGCAAGUGAAGCCUGGAUAGCUUCUGCUGUCCUCCAGACCCCUGACAUCAUGCCUUACCUGGCUGGCACACUUGGCAUUGCCAUCCGUCGCGGAGAAAUUCCAGGCUUUAGGGAAUUCCUACUAAAAACCUGUCCUGACCAACACCAUAACAACAGCUACAGAAAUAGUAUGGUAAACCAGUUUUGGGAAUUCACAUUUCAAUGUAGAUUCACACCACCUACAGCAGGUUGGGUAGAAGCCGGAGGAACAUUAUGUACUGGACAGGAAAAGCUAGAGGAAGUGGAGAGUGAAUUCUUGGAUGUUUCUGAUCUCAGGCCAGAGUAUAAUGUGUACAAAGCUGUGUAUGCUCUGGCCCAUGCCCUUGAUGACAUGCUGCAGUGUGAGCCAGGGAGAGGGCCUUUCAGCGGGCACAGCUGUGGCAAUUUGCAAACACUGGAGCCAUGGCAGGGACAGUUUCAUCUUAACGAGAUGCACAAGGCUGGAGAUAUUGUUCUGGGUGGGAUAUUUCGAGUCCACUUCUUCUCAGUCUUUCCUGAUCUGUCUUUUACCUCAGAGCCACCACAGCCUACCUGCCACGGUUUUGAUGUUGUAGGAUUUAGGAGGGUCCAGACCAUGGCCUUUACUAUUGAUGAGAUCAACAGAAACUCCAAUCUGCUACCUAAUAUGACUCUGGGAUACAGUAUUUACGAUAACUGUGUCAAACUAGGGAUUGCAUUUCGUGCAGGAUUAUCCGCAGUCAGUGGUAAAGAGGAGCAGAUUAUAUUAGAUGAGACCUGUGCAGGAACCCCCCCAGUCAUAGGGAUUGUGGGUAAUCCUUUUUCUACACAUUCUAUUGCCAUCUCCUCUGUCUUAGGUUUGUACAGAGUACCUAUGGUGAGUCACUCGGCCACAUGUUCUUGUUUGAGUGACCGGCAGACGUUUCCAUCCUUCUUCAGGACGAUCCCAAGUGAUGCUUUCCAGGUGAGGGCUAUGAUUCAGAUCCUGAGGCAUUUUGGCUGGACUUGGGCAGGUCUGCUGGUCAGUGAUGAUGACUAUGGACUCCAUGCUGCUCGAUCCUUCCAAUCUGACCUGGUGCAGUCUGGUGAAGGCUGUCUUGCCUACUUAGAGGUUUUGCCAUGGAGCAAUGACCCAGAUGAACUAAGGAGGAUCGUGGAUGUGAUGAAGAAAUCCACAGCUCGUGUGGUCAUUGUGUUUGCACAUGACAGUUAUAUGAUUAACCUCAUGGAAGAGGUGGUGAGGCAGAAUGUGACAGACCUGCAGUGGAUGGCCAGUGAAGCCUGGACAACUACAACUGUCCUCCAGACCCCUGACCUCAUGCCGUACCUGGCUGGCACACUUGGCAUUGCCAUCCGUCAGGGAAAAAUACCAGGCUUCAGAAAAUUCCUUUUACAAAUGCUUCCAGAUCUACACCAUAACAACAGCUACGGAAAUAGUAUGGUAAACCAGUUUUGGGAAUUCACAUUUCAGUGUAGAUUCACACCUCCUCCAGCUGGUUGGGUAGAUGCCGGAGGAACAUUAUGCACUGGGCAGGAAAAGCUAGAGGAAGUGGAGACUGAGUUGUUGGAUGUUUCCAAUCUCAGGCUGGAGUAUAAUGUGUACAAGGCUGUGUAUGCUCUGGCCUACGCCCUUGAUGACCUGCUGCAGUGUGAGCCAGGGAGAGGGCCUUUCAGUGGGCACAGCUGUGGCAAUUUGAAAGAACUGCAGCCAUGGCAGCUAGUGUAUUACUUGGAAAAGGUCAACUUCACUACAACAUUUGGUGAUCAAGUGUCAUUUGAUGAGAAUGGUGAUGCCUUACCUAUCUAUGAUGUCAUGAACUGGCGGUGGCUCCCUGAUGGAACAACUAAAGUUCAAAAUGUGGGUGAGGUCAAGAGGUCAGCCUUCAAAGGUGAAGAACUCACAAUUGAUGAGGACAAAAUCUUCUGGAACUUUCAAUCAAAAAAGCCACCCCGCUCAGUGUGCAGUGAAAGCUGUCCUCCAGGUACCCGCAUGGCCAGAAAAAAGGGGGAACCUGUAUGCUGUUUUGACUGCAUCCCCUGUUCUGAGGGGAAGAUCAGUAAUGGCACUGAUGCCAUGGAAUGCUCCAGCUGUCCUGAGGACUUCUGGUCCAGCCCCCAGGGUGACCACUGUGUUCCGAAGAAAACAGAGUUUCUGUCUUACCAGGAGCCUCUGGGUAUUGGCUUGACAGCUGCCUCCUUGCUGGGCACAUGUAUGUGUGCUUUUGUUAUGGGCAUCUUCAUUUAUCAUCAUAAAACCCCCAUAGUGAGUUAUUUUGCCACAUGUUCUUGUCUAAGUGACCGACAGAAGUAUCCAUCCUUCUUCAGGACGAUCCCAAGUGAUGCUUUCCAGGUGGUGAGACAGAAUGUGACAGGCCUGCAGUGGAUAUCCACUGAAGCCUGGACAACUGCUAGUGUCUUCCAGACCCCUGACCUCAUGCCAUACCUGGCUGGCACACUUGGCAUUGCCAUCCGUCGAGGAGAAAUACCAGGCUUCAGGGAAUUCCUUUUACAAAUGCUUCCUGACCUACACCAUAACAACAGCUAUGGAAAUAGUAUGGUAAACCAGUUUUGGGAAUUCACAUUUCAAUGUAGAUUCCCACCACCUCCAGCAGGUUGGAUAGAGGCUGGGGGAACAUUAUGUACUGGACAGGAAAAGCUAGAGGAUGUGGAGACUGAGUUGUUGGAUGUUUCCAAUCUCAGACAAGAGUAUAAUGUGUACAAGGCUGUGUAUGCUCUGGCCUAUGCCCUUGAUGACAUGCUGAAGUGUGAACCAGGCAGAGGGCCUUUCAGCGGGCACAGUUGUGGCAAUUUGAAAGAGCUUGAGCCAUGGCAGCUAGUGUAUUACUUGGAAAAAGUCAACUUCACCACAACAUUUGGUGAUCAAGUGUCAUUUGAUGAAAAUGGGGAUGUGUUAGCAAUAUAUGAUGUCAUGAACUGGCUGUGGCUCCCUGAUGGAAGAACUAAAGUUCAGAAUGUGGGUGAGGUCAAGAGGUCGGCCUUCAAAGGUGAAGAACUCACAAUUGAUGAAAACAAAAUCUUCUGGAACUUCGAAUCAAAAAAGCCACCCCGCUCAGUGUGCAGUGAAAGCUGUCCUCCAGGUACCCGCAUGGCCAGAAAGAGAGGGAAACCUGUGUGCUGUUUUGACUGCAUCCCUUGUUCUGAGGGGGAGAUCAGCAAUAUAACUAAUGCCAUGGAGUGCACCAGUUGUCCUGAGGACUUCUGGUCCAGCCCCCAGCGUGACCACUGUGUUCCUAAGAAAACAGAGUUUCUGUCCUACCAUGAGCCUCUGGGUAUCGGCUUGACAGCUGCUUCCUUGCUGGGCACAUGUAUGUGUGCUGUUGUUAUGGGCAUCUUUAUUUAUCAUCAUAGCACACCCAUAGUACGUGCCAACAAUUCAGAACUGAGUUUCCUGCUCUUGGUGUCACUUAAACUUUGUUUCCUGUGCUCACUGCUGUUUAUUGGCUACCCUAGACUGUGGACAUGCCAGCUGAGACAUGCAGCAUUUGGGAUCAGCUUUGUGCUUUGUGUCUCUUGUAUUUUGGUAAAAACCAUGGUGGUUCUGGCUGUAUUCAAGGCCUCCAAGCCAGGAGGUGGCGCCAGUCUGAAGUGGUUUGGUGUUUUGCAGCAGAGAGGGACAGUUGUUUUUCUCACUUCUGUUCAGGCAGCCAUCUGCACUGCUUGGAUUGUAUCUGCCUCGCCAACUCCUCAUAAAAACACUCAGUACUACAAUGAUAAGAUUGUUUAUGAGUGUGCAGCUGGGUCCACAAUUGGUUUUGCAGUGUUACUGGGCUAUAUUGGCUCAUUGGCUUUACUCAGUUGUCUGAUUGCAUUUAUAGCGAGGAAUCUUCCAGAUAGUUUCAAUGAGGCUAAUCUUAUCACCUUUAGCAUGCUGAUCUUCUGUGCUGUGUGGGUGGCCUUUGUCCCUGCUUAUAUCAGCUCACCAGGCAAAUAUGCAGAUGCAGUGGAGGUAUUUGCCAUCCUGGCCUCUAGUUUUGGUCUCUUGCUGGCGCUGUUUGGACCCAAAUGUUACAUAAUCCUGCUGAGACCAGAGAGGAACACAAAGAAGGCAAUCAUGGGUCGGGGAAUCCAGACCUAGUAACUGCACUUAUUUUAAUGAGAUAGAUGAAUUCAUUUAGUUGACAUAUUUUUGUAUUGUAUACAGAGAGGGUAUUCAUACCGUAUAUAGGUAUGAAUACCUUUUCUGUAUACAAUACAAAAUACGUCAACUUGACUUAUUUUAACAUUAAUGCCGAAGUUCACUUAUGUCACGUUAUUAAUUUAUAUCAUGCAUGUAAUGUAUAUUUCUUUCAGCCAGCAGAAAAUCAAAUGAAUAUAAAAUGCAUUUUUGCUUAGAUAAAGCAUCUGCUAUAAUCACAGAUGGGUUUCCUUGGUGUUAGUUGAUAGGCUGUUGUGUUUAACAUACUGUAGUUUCACUUUCUUGCAGGGCUAUUUGUUUCUCAGUUUGAUAAAACUCUGCCCUAAGUCAAACCCCUUCAGUUCACAUCUGGUCAUGUUUCACACACCCCUUGUAGGCUGAUGUUCUCCACACACAAUAAUAUAGAGCCACAUGCAUCCACAAUGCUCAGACCACUAACACUACAUCAGUUGAUGCUAUAUCCUCUUGACACUUUUCCUGCCAUGUUUUUAAGAACUACAUUUGACUUGAAAUGUUUGUCAGAACCUCUAAUAAGGUUUAUUGGGGUGCUAAUAGUAGAAAAUAAAAUUCUUGGCAGCUUCCAUAGCCUAAUCGUACAGAUGUAUAAUAUAGCCCUCCAUCAAACUGACAGUUCAAAGAAAAAAUAUAUCGGAACACAUAUUUUUUCACCAAGUGUCUUAGCGUUCUCAUAAUCAACCAUAAAUGAAACUAAAUUAAAGCCCCAUCCUGACUUUGGGUGGAGCUUAAGAUUAA